CCCGUCCCGUGCGUAAAAAACGCUACUGGGCACUGUUGACAGGCUGAAAGCCUCACAGUGGAGACCUCACGCUUGGGUUGCAGCAUACAACUAAACGGGCCACGCCGAUGUGCAUGGCCCCAGCCUCUUUUACCAUGAUGAAUCCUGCGCAGGGGUCACCGUCUCAAGACGCCAAACUGCAGCUCCACCAAAAGGAGGACGCGGAAAACGCGGAGGGUGACGAGCUUCAGCCUAAAGACAUGACCACGGAGAAAGGAUACAAACCGCCGCGGAGCAGCCUUCCCUUCAGCGUCGAGUCGCUGAUUUCCAAGAAAAGCACCUGUCGGACUUCUUACCCCGCUUCUGACUCUGCUGUGCUGCAGACCCCCGGGUCCGCUCAGGGCGCGCAGUUUUCUCCCAGGACUUUUUACGCAGAGAAAAGGCUCUCUGGAGAGAGUUCGCAGGGAGUUCCCAGGAGCUCCGGGGAGGACUGUGCGCAGUUUUGUGACAAAGAUCAGAGCACUUGGUUCCAGACGUCCACCUUCUCUACACCUCCACGGAGCUCCAGCCCCACUCAGUGUACUCUAAGGAAGCACAAAAACAACAGGAAACCUCGCACACCGUUCACUACCUCCCAACUGUUAGCGCUGGAGCGCAAGUUCCGCCAGAAGCAGUACCUCUCCAUCGCCGAGAGAGCCGAGUUCUCCAACUCUCUCAACCUUACGGAGACUCAGGUUAAAAUCUGGUUCCAGAACCGCAGAGCCAAAGCCAAGAGACUGCAAGAGGCCGAGCUGGAGAAGUUUAAGUUGGCCUCUAAGCCUGUCCUACCUGCGUUCGCACUGCCUUUCCCCCUCGGAGCGCACAUGAGCGCACCGUCUUGGGGUCCUUCCAGCGCCUUUCCGAGGCCCAGCCUGCCGGUCCCGGGACUGUUCAGCGGACCCGUCACCUAUGGGAUGUAUUAUUUGUCUUAGGAAUUUCGGCAGACUGUUUUGGAAUGGAAAGAAUUUUGUAUUAUCGAAUUAAAACCUCAAAGUCAAAUUGAGACAUGUUUUAUAAACAUGCGCACAUUUCUGGGAUUAAAUGAUCUGCCCAAUUUAGCCUUAAAUAUCUCAGAAAAAAUAAAUGCCUUCAUUUCAGGUGAUCCACUACGGUCCGAAUCAAGAGCUGCAGGAAAAAAAAUCAAAGGAAAAUGUAACAGAAAAGUACUUAUUAUUCUGUGUCUGUGCCUUAUGACCGCGACUCUAUUGUCAUUUGUUUCUAUUUUUAUCCAAGUGUGAUUCUUCGUUGAAUCUGCUGUUUUCCCAGCAGUUCAAAUUUCUAUAUUUUGUAAAAACCACUAAAAGGGACCAAAUUAUAUUUUAGAAAUAAAAUUAUUAGAUUUUAACCCUCACAAUAUGGCCUUAAUGGUAUAGUUUUUUUUCCUUUUUGCUAAUUGUAAAUAAAAUGUGUAGUGUUGCAGAAUAAGCAUUGCAGCCUUAUUUGAAGGGCAAGAAAAGUUGUAUUUAUUGAAUGUCUUUGUAUCUGUACCGUGUACAUAUCUUUGUACAAAAAAUCCAAAAACAAAAAAACUGACUUUAAUAAAACAUUUAAAGACUUGAAA